UGGCGAUUACUCGCCCGUGUCGCAUUUGGUGCCGUACGAUGUUAAGAGCCGUGACGUCGUCUGCUACUUUGGUUACAACCAACUCGUUCGUCGUCUGCUAAAUCCAGUUCCACCUUUGCUGGCCCGUCAGGCAUUCCCGUCAAAAGAUCUGGGGAUUUGAGUCUUCUCAUCAUGCCUCCGUGGACGGGGGCCGCCGACGGCGCCGCCGUCCCUCGGCCGGCGGCUGGCGAUGCCGCACACGCUGCUGCCACGCCCGGGAAGCCGCUGCGGCGGGGACUCCGGCCCUGAGCCCAGUCCGUCCAGGUCCAGGAGGUCGUCUUGGUCCCUCCGACGCAGCCGGGACGCCGCGGCCUCGUCGCUCGGCUUCUGCUUCCGAGGCAAGGCGGCCUCGGACUCCACUCCGUCGUCGGGGGAAGUCGAGCUGAUCGGGUACUGCAAGAGGACCAGCUUCGUCUUUGUCGAAGAGGGUGCCAUGACGGAGGAGAAAACCGAGAUGAAUGGUGUACCGGGGGACCACGAAAUACCCAGCUGCCCACCAGAAGCCCCGGGCAACCGGACGUCGGUACCACCCGAGCGCAUGGACAGCGAGGCCUUCGAGCGGUUCGUCCACGAAGCGAACGUCCGCUGCUCGACCGGCACCCGCGACCAAUUCGCCGACUUCGUGCGGCAGAACCGGGAAGGUUUCGCCCAGCUGCUCGAGGACAGCGCCUCGCGCCUCGGGGGCUCCUUGCCGCGUCCCUUUGCCGACCGGGACUCUGGCGUCUUCACCGACCAGGACGGCUGGACUGCCGCCACGGCGUCGUCCAGCGAGUCCAACCUCCAGGGCGUCCGCAAGUGGGAUGACCUGGACUGGAGGUCUUCGAAGGAAACAGAACUAGAGGGCUUGCUCCGACGGAGUCCGCUGCUGGGACGAGGCGACACGCUGUUUAAGACCCUGGGUCUUUGUGACGCCGUCUCGGAGCCCCAGCUCCGGCCCAAACCCCGUCCGUUUUCAGACUUUCCGCGGGAGUGUCAGCCGAGCUCCGGAGCAGAGGACCUUCAGAUGAACAGUCGGAUGAGUUCCUCGUUCCACUUCACCACGACAAGAACCCGGUUCGAGUACUGCGGGGAAACCAACACCUUCAGGUUCAACAACCAGAAAGUGUGCGACAGCCUGGAGAGCAGCUACGACAGCCUGUCCGAGAGCGAAGACGAAGACGAAGAAUCCCCGGAAGAGAGCAGGUACAUCGAGGCGCCCAGCGAUACUAGCAGUCUCAAGGAGGACUCUCUGGACACGACCACAGCCUCGUCGCCGCACUCGGAGACGGCUGCCGCUCGCGUGGCGCGGGAGAUCUUGACGACUGAACAGACGUACGUCGGAGUACUACAUCUCCUGGAUCAAGUGUUCGCGUUCCGGGUGGACCAGGAGAACCGGGCCCACGCCAUGUUCCCGCAGAGCACACUGGCGGCCAUGUUCGCCAACCUCAAGUCACUCUACCAGCUCCACCACAACUUCCUCCUGCCCCGUCUCGGAGAUCGCAUUGCGUCUUGGGACAAGGAGCCCCGUGUCGGAGAUAUCAUGAAGGACUUUGCUCCGUUCCUGAAGAUGUACGCCGAGUACGUGAGGAACUACGACCAGGCCGUCCACCUCAUCAGCUCCUGGUACACCAAGCAGCCGCGCUUCGCUGCCAUCGUGGAUGAUGUACAUAGAAUGCCCGACUGUGGAAACCUAACGCUGCAGCAUCACAUGCUCACACCCGUCCAAAGGGUUCCAAGGUACCAGCUGCUUCUCAAGGAGUACCUGAAGAGGCUUCCCGAAGGCUCUCCGGACAAGAUGGACACUGAAAAGGCCCUCGAGUUAGUUUCUACAGCAGCCGAUCAUGCGAAUGAAGCGAUGAAAAAAAUCGACAAAUUCAAGAAGCUCCUCGAAAUUCAAGAAAUGGUAGGCGGAGUCAUGGAUCUGGUCAGCCCAACUCGGGAACUGCUGCGAGAAGGCAAGAUUACCAAGAUCAGCGCGCGGUCGUCGGACCACCAGGAGAGGCACAUGUUUGUGUUGAACGACCUGGUGCUGCUGUGCAGUCAGCGACUCAUGAGCAACCGCGUGGUUUCGGGGCCGUGCUAUCGGGUCAGGGCCCGCCUGGAACUGGACGGGCUCUUGGUCCAAGACGGCGAUAACCUGGAGACGCCAAACAGCUUCUAUAUCAAAAACACGGGUCGCUCCAUCGAACUCUGCGCGCCGUCUCCCGAAGAAAAAUUGGUCUGGAUGCAAAUAUUGGCCAAGGCUGCCCACGACCUCAAGCAAAGGAAAAGUUCCCUCAAAGUCGGUGUUUCUGGACAAAAGACACCCGAAGGGCUGGAGUUGGGACAGCGGGCGCCCGUGCUCGUCAAGGCGGAGUCGGUGUCACGCUGCAUGAAGUGUUCGGCGAGCUUCUCGGCGUUCAGCCUUCGCUGGAAACAUCACUGCCACGCUUGCGGCAUCGUGGCGUGUAGCAAGUGCCUGUCGCACAAGGUGAAACUGGCCUUCGACAACGGGCGUCCGGGCCGUGUGUGCGGCUCGUGCCAGGCGGCCAUCCUGCAGAAUGACCCGGACUCGUCGGCGGACCAGGAGCGGGAUCCCGGCUCACCCGGGCCCUGCUUUUCGCCGCCCGUCGUGAGCAGCUACCUUCGGCUGAAGACAAACGGCCGCGGAGCCUGGACGAGGCGCUGGUUUGCGCUGCACAGCGACUUCGUCCUCUACUCGUUCCGCUCGGAGGAGGACGAACUUCCCCUGACCUCGAUGCCGGUCCCAGGGUAUUCGGUAGCUCCGGCGGAGAAGGGCGAUGGCGUGGACGCCAAGAGUCCUAUCUUCAAGCUGUUCCACCAGAAAAAGACUUACUUCUUUCAGGCAGCUGACACGGAGGAAGUGCAGAGGUGGAUUGCAGCGUUGGACAGGGCAUCCAGAGCGGAGGAACCCGACUAGCGACCACAAACUGCCCUUACCAGAGAACUCUUGUCCAGCUCCAAAUGCUCACAUCAACUGCCAUUUUACAACAGUGACUGUAUACGAGCGCAAUUUCGACGUCCACAAAUGCGCCCGGGCAGUUUUUUUGCGACGGCCUUCAGCAACAUAUCACCGCCUUUGUUGCGACGUCCCUUUUUUUUUUUUUUUUUUUGUGGACACUGCAUGAUGCACGAGUCGUGUUGUUUCGAGGUUGUACUAGCUGCAUUGAGAACAAGGGUGAAUUGCUGACUCAGUGUAUGGCUAGCUUUUGCAUUGUGAGUGGAGGGUGGCAAGCACAAUCCUUUAAUUUAUUCGAGGAGGGUGUCCUCUUAGACGUAAGGCGAGCAUUUUGGAAUUACGGUGACCUCCGACGUGAAGUCAGGUCGAUAUACACGAAUGUCGUACAAGGUUCUUUUGAACUGCUUCACACUGAAACUGCAUGUAGAAGGUGUCAGGUUAAUGUAGCAGCAAACGUCUAGAACUGCAUCUUGAGAGUGUAUGCAUGGCUGAGAGAGGAGCAAGCAACUAAGGUCACACAAUGAAUUGUGCAAUUCUCAUGUAUUUCAUGGAAUGCCAGAUAAAUAAGGGUACCCCAAGAAAAUUGUUUCCAUCACUGCCCUAUGCAGAGCAACUUUUCUAACACUUGUUUAACAUUUGGUACCAGGAAAACCUGUGAUUACAUAACAGGAUUUAGACUUCUGCUUUGUCUUUGCUAUUUAGUGACAUGUUACAGAUCCACUAAAAUCAUUUCCAAAUUUUUUGUGUCAGUCAUAAUAUUGUUUUCUUCGAAAAACAUUUAGGUUGUGACAGAAAUGAGCAUUGGUUUGGUGUACUUCAAAGAAGACGAGGAGUUGAAAUAGCACAACUUGACAAGUCCUGUCGCCCUGCUUAUUGCAAUAAUUUUUAGUGAUAUUCUAUAAAACCGACUGACACGGGACACACUGGAAAUGUCCAUCAGUGGAGAAUGGGCUUGCCUUUGGCUUACAGUGUCUGCUAUCCCCUUGGGGUGAAAAAGACAUGUUGUCGACCAGUGCUCCUACUCAUGAAAGGUCAAGCCAGGUGCAAUGUGCAUACCUUUCGUCAGUUUUGGCACAGGGCGAGUCCCAGCAUGAUGGUGCACCUGUAAUAUAGCUAGAAUCCAAAGACUGUCGCUGCUUUUGACUUUUUUACAGUUUUGUACUAAAGCCAACACGAGGCCUGAAACGUUUUAUGGCAACGUGCCCACACCCGUGAACGUGCCAAAAGCGCCGAUUCAAUUUUGUAAGCAAGAAUCUUUUAAUGUGCUAACAUUUGCAGCGAGCUCAGAGAUCCAUACUGUAUGUGUUGAGUUUAAUGCAUCUUUGAUACUAGAAUUUAUUACGCAAAGAUCUCUCAUGUUUUUUUUUUGUUUUUUUUU